AUGAGGGGCAGCGGGCUCGCCCAGGGCACUGUUUCAGAGUCGGGCUGCAGGCUACCGCGCGGUCACCGCAGCGAGAACUUCGGGAAUGCGGAAAGCGAUUUCUUUGGUCAUUGGACACCGCCGCUACCUCCAGCCACCAAAGACGAUGCCGCGACUGUCGCCACUGCCGCUGUGGAUGCAGCGUCACAGAAGCCCGACCUGUCGUUUCAGAGUAGUACGUCGGCCACAUUGACCCAGGCGCCCACACCGCCAGUUCCCGUAGUGGAGUCGUCUGAACUCGAUGUUGCUCCAGCGAAUAAAGGACAGGUUUCUAGCUCGAGCACGAUGACUUUCGACAGUCGCUCUUCAGCUCAAAGACCCGUUACGACCAAGCUUGUAAAGGUCACGUCGAGUAGGGUUCGCACUUUGAGUCCUCGCGGGCCCGAACUCUAUUCUCAGACCCACACCCCUGCCGCUGUUACGGACACUGAGACGCUCGUUACUACAUGUAUAGAGGAGUUUCGGCCUGGAAUUCAAGCAAAGCCUGCUUCUUCUGCUGCUGCUUACCUGACCCCACCGAUCACUGACACUCGCACGUCCGACAGGAAGCCGGUUCCUCCCGAGCCUGACCGCGUCGGCAGUCCUAACCUUGAACGCCACGCCGAUGGACCAACUUCUGAUCAGGUGACCACUGUCGACGAAAAACCACAAAGUUGCGCCGGAAAGGACGCUCAUGGUCAAGUCUACAAUAAUUUUGGUCAGCGGAUCGUCGAAGUCAAUUGCUUAACGCCUGCUCCGGGGCUUAGCGAGGUUACACCGGCUAAAAAGGCAGGUAAAGAUGCCGAAUGUGGCAAGAAGGGGCGUCAAAAGACGCGCUCGGGAAAUAACAAGAUCACAGGCACGAAAAAAGGAAAGCGAUCCGCUAAGAGGAGCGCGGAUAGCACUAGCUCGAAGUCGUCCUGCGGCGAAUCGACGCGUUCCAAAGGUGGCACGCCUAUCAGCGAUCAGCCGCCAGAAGCAGCCGAGGGCUCUCCAAACGAGAAAACCGAGUUAAGGCACGUGACAGAAGGCUUGAACGCGGCUUCCCGUUCCGCGUUAGAAGGAGAUCGACAUCAGGAGACCAUAGCGUUCGAAGCUAUUCCGUUCCUAAAAGAAUGCCGAGAGAGCAGCGCUGCAACGAGCCACCCGGCCGUGCCUCCUAAUGCGGGGCAACUGAAUGGCGCCGAAGGAGCCCACGAUACACGUCGCACUUCUGCAGACGACGAGCAGGCGAGGAAAACGUCAUCGUCUGGGCAACCGCAAUCAAGCGAGCCGGAGGUGAAUGCGACGGCAGCGGCGUCGGAAUCCAAGCGCGAGCGCGAACAAGACGACGGCGCGAAUGUGAAGGAGCCCUCCAAGAAAUCCCGUACGUCGAAGCCGUCCACUAAACGCGCUGGCCGCAGCUCCGACCAAAAUAAGGCAGGCAAAGACCGCGCAGACAGGGAAACCAAGCCGACGACGAAGCUCGGGUCCGGCCUGGUGGUUUGUCCGGAGAGUGUGGCAAACUGA